GCCGGCAAGUUAUGCUGCAUGCCAACAAAUGGCCAGGAAUCAUCAUUGGGAAAUCAAAUCCUCAGAAAUAGCAGAAUCACGAUUUGUUGAUUGCUAGAAUUGAUCGAAGGCUGAUCAAAGUUCAUCGAUAGUCAUCACAGCUAAACUUCCAGCCAAACUUAGCCUUGUAGAGGGAGAAGUAUCCUAUUGGGUAGAGGCAGGGGAUAGAAACAUGUGCAAGAUGAUAUAGCCUACAUAACUCUUUCACAGAGGAGAGCUUAGUACAGACAGCAAAGUUAGAGAGAGAAAAAUGGUAUUCAUUCAGUUAUCAUCCCUAGUCUCAGAAGUGUCGCAUGGACAGGCUUUCUUAGGUCUGUGUAGUUUACUUAUUUCCCUUAUUGUUCUUUUGCUGAUCCGACAGCUUGUGAAGCAGAGGAGACCACGAGGAUUCCCUCCUGGACCGUCACCUAUCCCUGUCAUAGGGAACAUUAUGUCUCUAGCAACAGAACCGCACGUCUUUAUGAAGAAACAGAGUGAAAUCCAUGGGCAGAUUUUCAGUCUUGAUUUGGGAGGCUACUCAGCAGUGGUUCUGAAUGGAUAUGAUGCCAUCAGAGAAUGCCUGUACCACCAGGGUGAUGUCUUUUCUGACCGGCCAUCGCUGCCUUUAUUUAUGAAAAUGACCAAAAUGGGAGGACUUCUGAAUGCUAAAUUUGGCAACGGAUGGAUUGAACAUCGUCAACUAGCCAGCAACUCCUUUCGUUACUUUGGAAGUUUUCAAAAGCCCCUCGACCAGAAGAUCCUGGAAGAGUGCAUGUUUUUUGUGGAUGCCAUCGACGAACACAAAGGGAAACCCUUUAACCCAAAGCACCUGGUGACCAAUGCUGUGUCCAACAUCACCAACCUCAUCAUCUUCGGCGAGCGUUUCACGUACGACAACUGUGACUUCCAGCACAUGAUCGAGAUCUUCAGUGAGAAUGUGGAGCUGGCCGUCAGUGGCUGGGCCUUCCUUUACAACGCCUUCCCAUGGAUCGAGUACCUCCCCUUUGGAAAGCACCAGAAGCUGUUCCGCAACGCAGCCAAGGUCUAUAACUUCCUGGAGCAGAUCAUCAGGCGCUUCUCGGAGGGCAGAGUGUGCAACUUCCCGCGCCACUACAUCGAUGACUACCUGAACAAGUUGGACAAGAGUGCUGGCAACUUGGGCACCCCAUAUUCCAGGGAGAACCUAAUCUACUCUGUGGGCGAGCUCAUCAUCGCGGGCACGGAGACCACCACCAACACCCUACGCUGGGCUAUGCUCUACAUGGCCCUCUACCCCAACAUUCAAGAGAAGGUGCAUAUGGAGCUGGACAGUGUGCUGGGAAGUGAGAAGUCCCCCUCGCUGGCGGACAAAAAGAGGAUGCCCUAUGUGGAAGCGGUGCUACAUGAGGUCCUGCGCUUCUGUAACAUCGUGCCCCUGGGCAUCUUCCGCGCCACCACUCAGGACACACUGGUGAGCGGCUACAACAUCCCCAAAGGCACCAUGGUCAUCACCAACCUGUACUCUGUGCACUUUGAUGAGAAGUACUGGUGCGACCCUGGAACCUUCUCACCACAUCGCUUCCUGGACAGCAAUGGAAACUUUGUCCGACGGGAAGCUUUCCUACCCUUCUCUCUGGGGAAGCGUCACUGUUUGGGCGAGCAUCUGGCCAGGAUGGAGAUGUUCCUGUUCUUCACCACCAUGCUGCAGCGCUUCCAUCUGCAGUUCCCCCCCGGCACAGUGCCAAGCCUCACCCCCAAACUGGGCAUGACACUGCAGCCGCUGCCUUACUCCAUCUGUGCCGUCCGCAGGCAGCAGUGACAGAUUCUCAGGAGGCACAGCCCGAAGGGGGGGGGGGGGGGGGGGGGGGGGUUUGGGGGUUUAGUCAGAACAGAACAGGGGUCUAGAGCUUGGACUCCUACCUUGUGUUUUACACAGAACUACUAGAAUUCUAAACAUCAGCUGAUGGUUGUUUCUGAGAAAUUGCAUGUUUGCACAGCACCAUUUGCAAAGUCACAGGAUCACCAGAAAUGUUACUGACGAGAUCCUGAAAUAUCAGGUGGAACUUCUCAGUAAGUUUAAUCGAGAAGAUAAGAAGUGUGAAUAUUUAAACAAUACAUGCAGAUAUAUACUAUGAAUUAACCUUGAAUUAGAAUUUACUUUUUAUCUGUGUCCUUAUAAUCAAAUGUCUCAUCUUCCCUGCGGGAUUACAUCAAUGAUUGACAGGAUGGACCUCUAUGAUGGUUCACAGCCCUGUCUUCUCUCUCACAGCCUGCCUAGAUGAGAAAUGGGAACAUUACCCACUGGGCACACACUGGUUGAAUCAUUGUUGUUUCCAUGUCAUUUCAAUGAAAUUACAUUGAACCUACGUGGAAUAGAUGUUGAAUUGAUGUCUGUUCCCAGUGGGUAGUUUCAGCUGUUUCUACAGCACAGUGAAAAUAAGUAGCAGCCAGCUUUUCCUAGAAGGCUCUGGACAUGGUGUUUAGUCUGGAUCUCUGCCAUAUCAAGCAGUCUGAACUAACAAUGAACCCGAUCUCUAGGGAUUCUUCCAUGGAAAAGCCUUCUCUCAGAAAGCUACUGCAAUAUCGGUUGAAAAUGUCUUUGUGAUGCUGUCCUUUGUGAUUUAAGUAAAUUUGACUUUUGUCUAUUAUGGUCAUACUUUGUAAUAAGAACAAUGCCGUUUUGGUACUCCACUUACCUUUUUUACAAUGUUUAUGGUGUGCCUUUCCUAAGACAUAUGUUUUAUGCAGCUUGAUCUUUUUCUUCAACAUGCUGACAGUAUUUCUCUUAAUAGGUUAUAGGAAACAUUUCUGGAGAGAAAACAUAGGUCUAUCUAAACUACAGUACAGGACUAGUCAGACAUGGACUUUUGCAGUGAGCCGGCAGAUUGUGUCCAGACUGGGUCGUCCAGGGAUACAGCCACUAUAAAUAAUCUUCAUGUGGUUGGAGCUGAGCCUGGGGGGGUGUCACCCAUUUCCUUAAGUGACCUCUCACUUCUACUCAACAGACCAAAGGGCUAGAAAAAAACCUCCAAUGCAAUGCUGUGCUGUGCAUACAUCAGACUUAGUGGGUAAUAUUUCAUAUUGAUGUAAUGGUCUCUGGCUAUUUUUGGCACCCAGCAUACCUCUAACUACUAACUGCACUUCUCAGAAAGUUAUGCUGAGGUAGACAGACUGCCAAUUCGCCUGGAUGAGCGCCUUGUUUGUGUGCGUUUGAAACUGUAACAUUGCAGUCAUUUCAGCAAACAUCACUGUUCCAACUGUGGUUGUUGGCAGGAGGAUCUAAACACUUUAAGGACAAAGUUAUAGUACAGUUACAUUCAAGGGGAUUUUUAUGCCACACACACACACACACAGUUACAAUUGAGUAUGUGUGUCUAUGUAUCAAUAAAAUCAUUUGAGAGAACAGUUAUUUUAGGGAUGGUCUUUUAUGACAGCUAUAAAUAACAAAAAUCAUUUCCCCCACAAUUUUGAUAUGGUUGAACAGUUAAAACACAUACAAUAUCUCAAUGCUACAUAAGGGUAACAGCCAUUCAUAGAGACUUUUAUGACAAGAACAUUAGAGGACACUGUGGUUCGUGAGACUGCACAGUGACAAGCCAACAAACAAACCUUUACAACAUAAUGAGCCAUACAAUGUGGGGGGAGGUGGCAGAGGCAUCACAAUUCACCAUCAGAACUUAAGAGAUGCAGUGUCGCUCAACCCGAACGGACUGAAGGGCCACGGUUAGGAGUCGUGAGCUCUCAUACAACACCUGGGCUGGGUUCACCAGCAUCACUUUGAGCCUGCUGUGGGACAUGGAGCUCAGAGAGACCUCUGGGUCCAACCAUAGCAUGCCCAGUGUAUGAGGGCCCAGAGGUUGGGCAGUGAGCAGGGACAGUUUGGCACUGGUUGGGUGGACUGAGUAGACAACACAAGACACAAGAGUUGAGAAAGUGGUUAUGAUAAGGAGCAGGGAGAUGCUGAACCCAAAAGAAAAACACCAAACCCCACAGUUCAACAUCUGUAGUAUCAGAUAAAAACUCUGGAAACAGGAUGAGAAUUACAGGGUCUCACUGUACAAUAUGUCAGCUGUGUGUAGAAAACAGAUGCAUUCUGUUGAUUAAUUAAAAAAUAUAAUAUAUUUAUACACUAUAUUUAUAUGCAGAUAUUUUUUUGUGCAGAGCUAAACACUUGUUUGGUAGUAAAAUGUGGACAUUUAUAUAUAUAUUUUUUGUCUUUAAAUAUACUAGCUUGAAUUACACUGCCUAUUUGAGAACUUCCUUCUCCAGAGAAAAUGACUUAAUAGGGUGAUAAGUGAGUUCGGCUUGCAGGUCUGCCAUCUCUUUCAUUAAACUCUUUUUCUAGUGGAAUGCCUAGAGUUUUUACAGAGAGAAAUAUAGAACCAUUAGUAUUACACCGUCUUAUGGUACAGAGAAUAGGACACUAUAAAACCAAAACAAAGGUGAAAACCUGGAUUACUUAAGUCCUGGCCUGGUUGUGGGUUUGGCAAAGAUCUAUAGUUUUUGUCAAAACAUCAGUGUCUGUAGAAUGACAAAUGAAAUGAAGAGGUUAGCUAGACAGAGUAUGUGUAAAAACAAUGCCAACAGCAAUGCACUCAAAAACACCUUUACCUAUACUGGUACAUGAAUAAUCAUGGGAUUUUACUGUACAAAAUGUUGCCUUGCUGCAAACAGGUCUUUUACAGUCAACUGACAAUCAAGGAUCCCAAUUCUACAGUGAGGUCUUUAGAAGAUCAAGCCAACGGCGCUGCCUGCGGGGCAGCGGAGUUUGACAGAAACACAGGACAUACUUUGCUCUAUCACAGAGGAGCAGUUCAAUUGCUUGAAUGUGUUUGUUUUUCUAGUUGUUCUUACAAAGCUUAAAAACUAUUUCAAUCACCGAGAUUUAAUUAUCUUUGUUUUAAAGUCAAUUACUUAAAUUCUUGCAAAAUAAUUAUUCAACUUCACGAGAAUCCUGAGUAACCGUGGAAAAAAUAGAUAUAAUCAAAAGAAAAAAACAUCCCUUCAUUGGAACAGCACUCCAUUGGAACAGCACUCCAUUGGAACAUCCCUCCAUUGGAACAGCACUCCAUUGGAACAUCCCUCCAUUGGAACAGCACUCCAUUGGAACAUCCCUCCAUUGGAACAGCACUCCAUUGGAACAGCACUCCAUUGGAACAGCACUCCAUUGGAACAGCACUCCAUUGGAACAGCACUCCAUUGGAACAGCACUCCAUUGGAACAGCACUCCAUUGGAACAGCACUCCAUUGGAACAGCACUCCAUUGGAACAGCACUCCAUUGGAACAACAGAGAACAUCUCAUCUCCGACAACAUUUCAAUGACUUGCGACCAAGCGUUCCUGAAGAAAACACACACACAUACACACGCUCACGCCAACUAAAUUAAACCAAUAAAAAAAAGAAGGAAACAUAAAAGGCAGGUGGUACACAUGAAUAAAAGGCAUCAAAAACGAUGCAGGUAUAAUGCUCAUUUUCAGUCAACAUCUCCACAACGUCUCUGUGACUGAGUCAGUGAUACAGUGUUUGGUGUCUCCAGCAAGGGGAGAGGACUGCACAGACCAACCUAGGGUCUGGACCAGGGGACUCAGUAAAGGUUCAGACAGGCACAUUUGAUAUAUAAAUCUAGAAUAUUCCUGACAGUGAGCCUGAAACAGUCUCAGUCUCUUGUUUCCACGUUUGAACUGUUCGCUUUGGUAACGGAUGUCAACCACGUCAAGGUGUUUUUUAUUUUCCUUUAUUUGAAAUCAUAGGAUUUGUUUUAGUACCGAAGGGAGAGUUAAGUGCUCUGCGUUCAAGGCAGCAUUACAGCCAGAUCACCAUGGGGGGCACAUCCAGACCCUUUUUCUCUCUUCCUCUCCACACCAGUGUCCUCAGCUCUGGUGUUUG